AGGGGUGGCGCGGCCGCCAGUGGGGGCGCUGAGCUCAGAGCUGCCGCAGCGCCCCAGCCAGAGCAGAAGCGCGCGAGCGAGCAGGGCGCUAGGAGCGAGCGGUGGCUGGCGACGCACCCAAGGCCAGGGCACUACUGCGCCCCAGCUCAGGGCUCGCGCCCCGCCUGCUGCAGACCAAGCUGAGCGCCUGGCCACUGCCCGAUCCCCCAUCGGCCCCGAGCCCACACCAGCCCGUCCUAGCCGAGCCCCUGCAUCCGCCUGCCGCUGCUGCAGCCGCAGCCGCAGCCGCAGCUCCAUCCCCAGCCCGGAACCCGCAUCCAGGCCGCCAGGAUGGACGUGUUCAUGAAGGGCCUGUCCAUGGCCAAGGAGGGCGUCGUGGCCGCCGCGGAGAAAACCAAGCAGGGGGUCACCGAGGCCGCGGAGAAGACCAAGGAGGGUGUCCUCUACGUCGGAAGCAAGACCCGAGAGGGGGUUGUACAAGGAGUGGCCUCAGUGGCUGAGAAAACCAAGGAGCAGGCAUCUCAUCUGGGAGGAGCCGUGUUCUCUGGGGCUGGGAAUAUCGCAGCAGCCACAGGCCUGGUGAAGAAGGAGGAAUUUCCCACCGAUCUGAAGCCAGAGGAAGUGGCCCAGGAAGCUGCAGAGGAGCCGCUGAUUGAGCCCCUGAUGGAGCCAGAAGGGGAGAGUUAUGAGGAACCGCCCCAGGAGGAGUAUCGGGAGUAUGAGCCAGAGGCGUAAGGGCCCAGGACGGCCCCCCACCAGCAGCACAAUCCCUUCCCUGUCCCGUGCCCCGCCCCCCAAGAGCCAGGGUUGUCCUUCUACCCCUUCCCCUUAAAACACGAGAUCUUCCUUCGCUCCGAGGCGCCCCCUCGGAGCCUGUGUUAGAGUCUAUCUGUCUGUCCCACCUGCCCGCGUCCAACCCCGGGGCGUGGACAGGGCCGGGGCUGCGGCCAUGGCUGGUAGCCUCGCCCCACCUAUGUUGCCCCCUCCCAACCCCAUCCCAUCCCAUCCCAUCCAGUGUCUGCGCGAAUGUAGCAUGUUCGAUGUGUUUUUAAACGAAUCGGAAAGCAACGGCUCCCCUCCACCCCCGACAGAGGCUCUCUGAGGGGCCCCGGGCAGCCCCAGAACCCCCCCUCCACCGCAUUCCCACAUCGACCCCAAGAACCUUUUUUUUUUAACCAAAACCAGGAGCCAGGCUGUGCCAUGCCCCUCCCCCAGCCGGCCCGGUCCGAGCGCGGGCGUCGUGUGUCGUGAUUGUGGCAUGGAGAGUACCCCACCCCCGUGUGAGCGUGUCCCGGGCGGGCGGGCCCGGCCGCCCCCCGGGUGUCCAUGAAUAAAGCCAAUCUGUCUGUA